AUCGAGGUUCCAGUAAACACAUUGCAUUCACCACAGACCAGCAGCCAAACAGCAUCACCAAAACAUUCCUGUCUGGUGGCUCACCGCUCGCACAACCCCUACUCUCAGAUACAGUGUUCAGUGAUAAGACAUAAAAAUGCUGCUUGACGUGUUUUCAGCCAACCUCAAAGCCUGCACUGAAGCCAAUCCAGUGUCUCUGUAUCUCUGACAAUGGAGACUCCUCCCAGAAAUGUUAAACAAACAUCUACUUACAGAAUACUAUAUACAUGUUUUUAAUACGCCAUAGUCCCUGUGUAAUUUACUAUAGCAAUGAAAAUGUAUUAGAACGAGUGCAUUAAUAUAAACUCGUGAUUUGUGGUGUAGCCAGAACUACUGUCUGAGCUGUGCUGUUAUAGAAAAUUUAUCUUCAUUCUAACCAAUCAGAAUCCAGAAUUCAUCAGGAGUAUUCAUAAGUAAUGAUCUCAAUGAUGUAUAUAAGUAUAUGUAUAAGAUACACCAUCUGGCCAAAGGUUUAUGGACAGCUGACCUUCACAGCCAUAUGUGGGUCUUCCUGAAACUGUUGACACAAAGUUGGAAGCACACAAUUGUAGGUGAUGUCUUUGUAAGAUGUCCCUUCACUGCAACCUAAGAGACUAGCCCAAACAUGUUCCUUCAUGACAAUGCCCCUGUUUACAAUGCUAGGGCCAUGAAGGCAUGGUUUACCAAGGUUGGAGAGGAAGUGCUCUGGUCCUUAUCUUGUGGUGUCCCGCAAGGAUCCAUUUUAGGUCCGUUAUUCUUUUCCCUUUAUAUGCUUCCCCUUGGGUUAUAUCUUUCAGAAAUAUGAUAUUUCUUAUCACUGCUAUGCUGAUGACUCUCAGUUUUACCUUCAAGUCAGACCAGACACUUAACUGCCCAUUUGACAAUUUGAUCAAUUGCAAGACAAUAGUCUUGUUUUUAUGCCGUCCCACGUCUUCUUCCCAUGCCCUGGAAGCUCAGCUAGAUCCAAAGCAAGUUUAGAAUCUUUGAGUCAUUUUUGACUCUUCACUUUUUGAGAAACGGAUUAGUGCUGUUAUAUAGGGAAGCUUUUUUUUUUUUCCAUCUCAGAUCCAUUGCAAAGCUAAAACGUUUCCUUUCUCGUAAAGAUUCAGAAAUUUUAACCCAUGCUCUUAUUACAUCACGGCUAGACUAUUGUAAUUUGCUGUACAUUGGACUUUCUCAGUCUGCUUUAUCUUGAUUACAAAUUGUUCAAUAUGUGGCUGGCAGGUUUUUAACAGGUCUAGAAACAGGGAUCACAUUUCCCCCAUAUUGGCUUCUCUUCCCUGGCUUCCUGUUGAGUUUAGGGGUGAUUUUAAAAUCUUCUUUUUGUAUAUAAAGCAUUGUCUGGUCUUGCAUCAAAGUACAUGAGUGACCUUCUUUACCAUUACUCUCCAUCCAGAGUGCACAGAUCUUCCAAUCAAUUACUUUUGUCUGUUCCCUGUUGUCAAUGUAAAUCCAAGGGUGAUUAGGCUUUUUCUGUGACCAGACCCAAACUUUGGAAUAGUCUCCUCUUUCAUGUGAGGUCUGCGUCAUCACUAGCUAUUUUUAAAUUUUCCCUUAACUCAUUUUUAUUUUUUAAGCCUUUGAAAAUGACUAGAUGUUGAUUUUAUUGUUUUACCUUUUUCUAUUGUACAGCACUUUGGAUCUAUUUAUGCUGUGUUUAAAUGUUGAUUGAUUGAUUGGAUAGUGUCCUGCACAGAGCCCUGAAAUCAACCCCUAUGAACACCUUUGGGAUGGGGCCAAACGUGUGCCCCAGGCCUCCUCAGUGCCAGACAUCACUAUUGCUCUGGUGGCUGAAUGGGAAAAUCUCAUCAACCAUGCUCUAAAAUGAGUCUAGGGGAAAGCCUUUCCAGAACAGUGGAGAUUAUAAUAACAGCAAAGGAGGACUCAAUCGGGAAUGGGAUGUUCAAUAAGCACAUAUGGGUGUGAUGAUUAGGUGUCCACACACCUUUGGCCAUAUACUGUAAGUGCUAAAAUUACUGUGAUGGUGUUAGAAGCAAAAGCAAAAGUAAGAGUAGCUCAUAACCUUACUCAAAGGUGUUACUUGAAAAAGUAAUGACCUUAAGUAAAUAUUUGUACAAAAAAGUUAAAAAAAAAAAAAAUCUAAGUAAAAAAUAACUUGUACACAGGAUUGAAAUGACAGAACAAACUAUUUAAUGUCAACAAAUGGAGACAAAACAAUCUUAUAUAUAUAUAUAUAUGUUAAUAUAUAUUAAAAUAUUAUUAUGUAGUAUGCAUUAUGUCAUACAAAAGGCUGCCUCCACCUCUCGACUGUGAAAGAAUGUUAUGUCAUAAAAUGAUUUGCUUGCUAACUCGGUAAUGUUUGUAACAUUGGCACUACAUGUUGUCUGUCAAAUACUUUAAAAGAUUUAAUCACUUAAUAUGUUAUUGAUUUAAUUAAUUCAUCUUUUAAUAAGCACUGGUCAGGGUCACGGGGAAUCCAGAGCCUAUCCUGGGUACGCUAGGUGUAAGGUGAAAGAAUUCACCCUGAAUGAAAUGCCAGUCCAUUGCAGGGCCCCAUGCACACACGGAUUCACACACUCAUUCACGCCUAGGGGCAGCUUAACAUGGCCAAUCCAUAUACCAGUUUAUUUUUAGACAGUGGAAGGAAACUGGAAAGCCUAGAGGAAGAGACACACACGAACACGAGAGAACAUGUAAAACUCCGCACAGACAGUAACUCGAGGUCAGGAUCGAACCAAUGUCACAGAUGGCACAAACAUUCGAGCAGCAGUAUACUCUAAUCAGUGCCUUCAGGAUUUUGUGAACACAAAAAUGAAUAAAAUUUUCAAAAUUGUCGCAGAUUUUCAGCAGAUUUGGGCUGAGACGGAUCAUGUGACAUGUUCACAACGUGCAUUAAGUACAGCUAAAAGGUCUCAUUUACCAACAAACAUCACUGUGUAGUUUUAUGAAAAAAAGCACAGAAAACCUGAGUUUUGCAAGUUGCAUCGUAAAUUUUUUAAAAAGUCGCAGCAAUUUUUGGACACAACUGUUGUUUUGUUUUGUUUUUUGUACGGACUGGCUAUUUAUUUUUUUUUUUACAUGCAGGAAUAUUUUAUUAGUAAUACAUCUGAAUAAAAAAAUCUUGGCCAAGGCUCAUUUUUUGCAUUUUUUAAAUUAUUAUUACAAAUACAUUUUGUAGAUGUCUAAUUUGUAAUAAUUUAGCCUUUCAUGCUUUUGAAAAUUGAAAAGCAUGAAGUAAAAUCAUGAAUUAGUGUAUGAUUUAUUAACAAAAAAAAUUGUCAAAAAACCCCCACGUCCUUUAAUUAGGACAGUACUCCAUUAAAAUGUGCUGAAAAUGAAUAAAAAAAUAAACAUACAAUGUAAAACUAUGACCUGUGAUCCCUAGUUCAAUGUAUUCAAAAUAAACAAAUGUAAUCAAGUGCAAUACUACCAUGCUCUGGCCACAAUCCCUUUAUUGCCUUUGGCCUCUGCACUCUGUUCUAGUACAAAGAAUACAUGUCUUGUUCUGUGGUUUGGUUUUGGUCUAUGCAGACUGCAUCAAACCUUCACUUUUGGGGAAGAGAGUGCUUGAUUAACUCCAGAACAUACACGAAAUGUAAUGAUUUUACCUUAUCGAGAGUUUCUGCUUACAUUAUUAGAGGGGAAGUGAUGUAGGUUACACAUAAGGCAGGGCUUUUAACGCGGUUAGUUUUUGGGGAUUGAGAACACGUCAAAUUUCAGUCAGCUCAUUUCUGGUUGUUGAGUAGCAACCAAUGAGAAUCAGUAGGCUAGGACACCACACUGGGAGCUUGCUUAUUUGAAUACCACCCAGGUCACGCAGGAGUGUUUACUUAGCGCCAUUCAGCCGCUGGCUAUAGUGUUGUGUUGUUGAGAAAAGUACUCUUUACCACCUGGAAAUCUGGUUAUACUGGUAAAAUUUUUUUUAUAAAUUUGGGGUUGUGCAGUGGGUCUAACGGGUCUUGACAUUUCUGUUUUAAAUGUGUGUUGUAUUCUAAGUUUACUCUAAUUGUUUUUCUUUCUUCUUCCUGGUCAGUACCUGCUAAAGAAUUCUGUCGUUCCAUGGAGGACCUGAACAGUAACUUUGCUUUUAAGAACUCAUGCAUAGGAAAAGGCGCACAAGGAAGACAUUUCACCACAUCGCCCAUCUCUACAACUGCCUCACCUUUAGGUCACCUCAAGGUCCCGGCGUCUCUGAUACCACGCAGCAAGAGCUCCAGUCACUUGCCUCAGAACCCGUACGGGGAACUGCACAUCAGCAGGCCGAGUCCCUCCAGCUCCCCUAAGUCCUUCAGCCAAUGGGAUGUGGGAAGCACCACUCACAAACACACAGACGGAAACAUCCAGACCUACAGCUCUCAAAAUUCAUUGACAGACACGCAGAGGAAGCAAUCGGCAGAGGUCCCUAGCCCAGUCCCAGGCCAGAAGCCUUUGCAGAUGCUGCAGCUGUGGGAGCAGUAUCAAGACCCUGAAUCUGGUCGCUUUUACUACGUCAACAGUGUUACCAAGGAGCGUUCAUGGAAACCACCACGUAGAGCUCGCCGGAGUGAUCAUAUCCAAAACACGGCCAGUGUUACACAGCCUGGGACUUCCCCAUGUGACUCCAGCCACCUGUCACUUCCCCUUUACAACUCAGGAAGCACAUUUUUGAGCAGGCUCUCCUCUGACCUGACCCACAAUACCCAGCAUGCAAAUGCGCGACAGCUGAGUCAGACCAUGCUACGUGCAGAAUCGUCAGAUACGCUCAGUUCCUCCUCAUUUACUACUGAUGCCCAGAGCACAGAGGGCAGGGAUGUCAUCACCCAAUCAUACUCCAUGAUGCUGCCUUCUCAAACAGCCAGGAUCUCUUCAAAUGGCAAGUCAGGGUACCCAAUGGUGGAGGAGUUGCCUGACAGCUCUCUGGACACUGAUGGAAUGACACCGGAGCUUGAAAAAGCAGGUCUGCUCAACAAAACCAAGAUAGCAGAAGGAGGUCGGAAGCUAAGGAAAAACUGGAACCCUUCGUGGGUGGUGUUGGUGGGGAACAGUCUUAUGUUCUUCAAAGAUCCCAAAACCCAAAAUUCUGAUGGCUGGAAACCAGGGAACAGCUGUCCAGAGAGCAGUGUGGAUCUAAGAGGAGCUCAGCUGCAGUGGGCCAAUGAGCUUUCCAGCAAGAAGAAUGUCUUCAAGUUGAGGACUGUUACAGGAAAUGAAUUUUUAUUGCAAGCAGACACUGACUCUGUAAUUAGAGAGUGGUACUGUACAAUACAGAAAGUCAUUGACAGACUUGAUAAGGAGAAUCCUCUGGGUAAUCUAUUGCAGUAUUCUUUGAGGAGAGCAGGCUCCUUGGAGUUGUUGGACCAUAGUGGAGAUGAAGAUGAGAAUCGUACAGGACACAAGCCCUCGCUCCCUCGCUCCAUCUCUAAUUUAGAGACUUCGGAGCGGAAACGAGUGAAGAGUCGCUUGAAGAAGUUCAUUCUGAGGAGACCACCAAUUCAGACUUUACAGGAAAAGGGUCUUAUCAAAGACCAGGUAUUUGGCUGUAGUUUGGAGUUGCUGUGUGAGAGGGAGAAGAACACCGUGCCACGGUUUGUCAGAAACUGCACCGAAACGGUGGAGAAGAAAGGUUUAGAGACAGAUGGUAUCUACAGAGUCAGUGGAAAUCUGGCUGUAAUCCAGAAGCUACGCUUUGCUGUCAAUCAUGAGCGAGCUGUGUCUACAGAUGGACGUUAUCUCUUUCCAGAGGAUUUAGUGCCAGUGGAGCAUGUGGACCUGGAAGAUCCGCAGUGGGAGGACAUCCAUGUGAUAACAGGAGCCCUGAAACUCUUCUUUAGAGAGCUUCCUGAGCCGCUUGUACCUUAUGAACUCUUUCAUGACAUUGUCAAGGCUGUCAAGCUGUCUGAUUACUUGGAUAAAGUGGAACGGAUGAAAUCGCUAGUCGUCAGCAUGCCUCCUACGAACCACGAUACCAUGAGGCACAUGUUCCGGCAUCUUAAGCGGGUGAUGGAGCACUCAGAUACUAAUCGCAUGACAACGCAGAACAUCGGGAUUGUCUUCGGGCCGACGCUGAUGCGUCCGCAGAACGACUGCGCGAACAUGGCCAUUAACAUGGUUUAUCAGAACCAGGCAGUAGAACUCAUCCUCAGUGAAUACGACCAGAUCUUUGGAUCUGACCCACCCGGAUCUCUCUGACACUGGUGUGGAACACGGACAGCAGCAGAACCUGCUCACUGUGAACCAGUGGAAUUUGUAAUGCAUGGAAGGAGAGCUAAAUAUGAUCCAUGCGAUGGCACAAAUUCCAUCCUGGUUGGUGAUGGAUGGAUGAAUGGUUGGAUGGAAGUGCUUGAGCAACAAUCAGCCAACUGGCCUUUAGUGGGCACAGAGUAACACAAAAAAACAUGUGUUUUCAAAUUGAAUCAAGAGGCUUAUUUUAUGUUCGUUAGUAUGUGUGUGUGCACAUGUGUGUGCGAAUGUGAUGUCUCUUCACAAGUGUUUUUCAUUGUAUUGUUUGCAGCGACGUUGGGAAAACCACACAUUUUGUGUUGGCAAAAAAAGACAUUAGAGACUCCAUGAACUAAAUUCUGUAAAAUAAAAUCAGCAAUAGUCACCCAAUAUGCAUAAACAAGAAGACAGUUCUGAAGUCUAACCUGCUAUUCAACUGUGCUUGAGUCAUUUCGUUUCUUUUUUAACAAUCCAGAUUGCUAUGUAAUCUCCUUUUCCAUUGUUCCAGCAGUAAGGCUGUGGUGUGUGCAUGUGUGCGCCUUUGUCUGUGUGUGUGUGUGUGUGUGUGUGUGUGUGUGUGUGUGUGUGUGUGUGUUUUGCGUGACAGAUAGAAGGACAGAAGUAUGUUCCGUAUUUUGCUCGUUGAUUCGGUGGAGCUUUUUGCCACUAUUGGUCCAAAUCUCUGUUUUUAAUAACAGAACAAAAGAAGAGCUAAAAAUGCAUUAUGUUUAAAAAAUGUGGAGUAAACCCCCCAGCACCACCACCCCCCAUCAGCACCAGGGCUUUGGUAAUUUUAUAUUGACUGUGGCUUGGCAAGAGACGAGAAGAAGUGAGAGGGAAGAAAAAGAACACGGAGAGCAUAUGGAUUUUAAUGUUAGAGUUUAUAUAUUUAUUCAUUUUUUUAUUUUCUUAUUAUUACAAUGGGCGGCAUGAAGGAUGGGGGAGAUUACCGAGGUACUAUAAGUGGAGAAAUGAAAUGAGUCUUGCGCUAUGUUUGUUACUUCUGAGUAUUGUGUUGGAUAUUUAAUGAACUGUUGUUCUUCUCUUAAUACUGUUGUAAGUUGUCCAUGUAUUUUUGUGCCAUCAAUUCUUUAAGGAACCUCCUUUUUCAUUGGAGAAACAUUCAUAACCAUCAUUAUGAAGUUUUAAGCCAGGGGCUCUCAAAUGCAAUCCUGCUCUGCAUGGUUUGAAGAUUUUUCUUUGCUCACCACAUACCGGAUCCAAGUCCUGUUUAAAUGUGUUUCUAGCACUGCGCGAGUCCUGUGAUUUCAAAGAUAUCUUCAAACCGUGAUUUGAAAUAUUGCCUGGAAAUGUACUCCGCUACGAGCCGGAGCAAUGCUACACGUCCCUGCACCUCUCCCUUAAAAGGCAGCUCACAAGACGUAUAGUUUUAACAGAGGAGAUGUGAUUGGUUGUGGGGAAAGGAAAAAAGCUUGUCGUUGUUUUCACUGCAAUUGCAGUUGAGGACAAUUACAAUUUGCUCAUUUAACUGUUUAAUUGAAUCUUGUGUGUUGGAGAUUUAAAAAAAAAAAAAAAAAAAAACCUUCAAAUUGUGCAAGACAGGGUCAGAGUUCAGAAGACUUGUUUUAAGUUCCUACCGAAAAGUCCAUCAAAAUAGUUUUAUUUAAUGUUUGGCCCUGUGAACUUUAACUGAUCCAACAAGAUUUCUGAAACAAUUUCCUUCCUUACGUUGUACAAUUAUAUGUGUUUUUUUUUUUUAUUUAUUAUUAUUAUUAUUAUUUUUUUUUUUUUUUUUUUUUUUUUUAAAUCAAGUAACUGCAGGUGUUCAACCGCAGGCAUUUGGUCUCCCAUUCUCAUAACCCAGCAUUUUUUUUAUUUUUAUUAUUAUUAUUUUUUUUUUUUUACAUGUUGCCUCGAAUACUACUCUUAAGAUUUACCAACAUGGCUAAUUACUGGCCUAUCCCUUUUCUCUUCCUCCAGAUCCUGUAAGCUACAAAAUAUUUGACAAUAAAAGUCAAUUAAGUAAAUCUGUGAA